AUGUCACUGAUGCGGAAUCAGAUUCAGAAUCUCGCCUGCAGUCUUGAAUGUCUCCAACUCACAACUUUUCUAAACCAAAAGAGCGACCUGGUAAAUAUCUCGAGUGGGUUCUUCAAGUCCAUGCCGAAGCUACUUGUGUUGGAUCUAUCAUAUAACGGAUUUCUCACGAAUUUACCACAUGGAAUAUCAGAAUUGGUUUCCUUGCAAUAUCUCAACUUGUCAGGUACAGGUAUACGUCAUCUCCCUACGGGUCUACAAGAGUUGGAAAACCUCAUUCACUUGGAUCUCACAAAUACACGUCAACUUUCGAGUAUUGUUGGGAUAUCAAAUCUGCAGAGUUUGAUGAUACUGAAUUUAGUUGGAAGUGGUUUUUCAUGGGAUUGCAGGAUAGUGGAGGAACUGGAAACCUUGGAGCAUUUAGAAAUAUUAACCAUAAGAAUCGAUAUUCAUCCACCUCUGGAGCUAUUCUUUAGCUCUCCUAGGCUGACGAGUUGUACACGAUAUAUGAGGAUCUACGAUUUGAAAGCACCUGAGGUAGCGAUUCCUGUAACAAUGAACAAGAUUCGUUUUUUCAUCAUUAUGGACUGCAGUAUCUCUGAGAUAAAGAUGGGACGUAUAUGCAACAAAAGCAAGACGGUUUCUCCUCUUCACAACCCGAGAGAGCCAUGCUUCUUGAGACUCUCCAGAGUCAAUAUAAAUAAUUGCAGAUGCUUGAGGGAGCUGACAUUUCUGAUGUUUGUUCCAAAUCUUAAAUAUCUUGAAGUUAUAUAUGCACAUCAACUAGAAGAUAUAAUAAACAAAGAGAAAGCUUGUGAAGCUCGAGAAUCAGGGAUUGUUCCUUUUGAAAAGCUGGUUUCUCUUAAGUUGCAGAGUCUACUGAAGCUAAAGAGUAUCUAUUGGAGUCCUCUACGCUUUCCAUGUCUGAAUAAAUUGAGUGUAAUCAGAUGUCCAAAUCUGAAAAAGCUUCCAUUGGAUUCUCAAAGUGGUAUGCGUGGAAAUAAUGGACGCCUCUUAACAUACACUGAGAAAAGUUGGAUUGCAGAUGUGGAAUGGGAGGACGAAGCCACCAAAAAUCGCUUCUUAUGA